AUGGAAGAGCUCGCAGAUCAUCUCGAUAUCUUUGGACAACAGGAAGGGCUGUACAAGCUAUACACUCAGCUAUGUCUCUGUUUCCGGAUGAGCGAUGGCUCGUCACAGUCAGAUAUUAUCGGCACAUUGACGCAAGGGCUGGAGAGACUAGCUGCCAGCUUCCCAUGGGUAGCAGGCCAGGUUUUGCGCGAAGAUGCCGGUGAUGGCACCCGAAACCUCUACAAAAUCAAGCCCUUUGAGAAGACGCCUCGGCUGGUGGUCAAAGACUUCAGGGAUGGAUCUUCGACACUGUCCAUGGAUGUCCUUCGUCAAGCCAACUUCCCUUUCAGCAUGCUGGACGAGUCCAUAAUUGCACCAGUCAACACGCUGGCUGCGGGCACAGACGGACCAGCGCCGGUUUUUCUGGUGCAGGCCAAUUUCGUCACUGGCGGUCUACUGCUCACAUUUGUGACGCAGCAUAACACAAUGGACAUGACUGGCAUGGCUCGAAUCAUGUACCUCCUGUCAAAGGCCUGUCGCAAUGAGCCAUUCACAGCCGAAGAAAUUUCCACGGGCAACCUCGAUCGACGCGACCUUAUCCCGCUCCUGGACGAGUCAUAUAGGCCAGGGCCUGAACUCUCUUAUCAGAUUGAAAAGCCGCCUGCACACCAAGACGCAUCAAACGCCGCGGACGGCGAAUCUGAACAAUCUCAGCCUCAAUCUCCAAAAUGCAGCUGGGCAUACUUUAUAUUCUCUGCGGCGUCCCUUAAAAGUCUGAAGUCGCUGGCAAUGCAAUCUCUCACCGGCAAUAUAGCCUACGUGUCGACCGACGACGUCCUGAGCGCUUUCAUUUGGGUAUCUGUAACCCGGGCCCGUCGUCCUCGCCUCGACUCCACUAGAGAGGUAACUUUUGCACGGGCAAUCGAUCCGCGGCGAUACCUAGGUAUUCCAGCCACAUACCCGGGCCUCGUCCAGAACAUGACCUACACUACGUGUCCUCUCGAAGGACUUCUUGAUGCACAUCUAGGUAGUAUCGCCUCGAAACUCCGAGAAGCCGUGGACCCUUCGACUUCGAACCUAGCUUACGCGACCCGUGCCCUUGCGACAUGGCUUCACCGCGCACCACCGGAGGACAACAACAAGGUCAAUGUGACAGCAACGCUGGACCUCUCUGCAGACAUUAUGCUGAGUUCCUGGUCAAAGUAUGACUACUGCUAUGAUCUCGAUUUCGGCCUGGGACUGGGCAAGCCCGAGGCUGUUCGGAGGCCGCAAUUUGUGCCGGUGGAGAGUUUGUUCUAUCUGAUGCCCAAGAGGCAAGACGGGGAGAUUGCGGCGGCGCUGUGUUUGAGGGAGGAGGACCUGGAUAGACUGAGGAAGGACGAGGAGUUUAUGAAGUAUGCCGUCUACGUUGGUUGA